AUGUAUCCGGCCACCAUCAGGUGCAACGGUGGCAGUGGGAACAACGGCAACAAUGUGCCAGGCCAAAGCUUUGCCUCCUACAACGACUACAUGGGAUUCCACCACAUGCAGGGCAUGGAAAACCGAGGCCAGGCUAAUAAUGGAUCUUGGGGGACCCCUUACGGCCCACAGAGAGAGGACUGGGACGCUUUCAACGCAGGGAUGGCCUCCACCACGGUGGCCCCGAUGAAUGGCUCAUCUCCUGGUCCAGCUCCUUAUGGUCAAGACUAUGGUUCCCUCAAUGCUGCUGGAUCUGGGUCGUUGUCCUCCGUGGAGACCGUCAACGCCGAGCCCAUCUCGCCUCUCAGCUCCUACGAGUGGAUGAGGAAGACCAUCCAGUCCACUUCCACAGGCAAAACGAGGACGACUGAGAAGUACCGCAUUGUCUACUCAGAUCACCAGAGACUAGAGCUGGAGAAAGAGUUUCAUUACAACCGAUACAUCACUAUCCGGAGGAAGUCCGAACUGGCUGCAAACCUAAGGCUUUCCGAGAGACAGGUCAAAAUCUGGUUCCAAAACCGCCGGGCCAAGGAACGGAAACUAAUGAAGAAGAAGAUGACCAGCUUCGAUGGCGGUGGUGUUGGCUCCAUCCAGAGGGACUCGGGACCCAUCAGCCCGAUCCCCAUUGCAGACCCACAGACUCAUUCGGAAAUAGUGGGCCCGCUAUUUAGUCCGCCGCCAUCUCUGCCCAUGAAUGGUCUGCAGCACAACAGGAAUCUUUAG